GCGGCGUUCACGGGCUGUGGAAACAGAGCAGGGCGACGGAAGCGGUGAGAUUGGAGAAAAGAAAAACAGGGUGCAGAGAUGUGUGGGACUGCACUGUGAACGGUACUGCAGGUAGAGUCGGACACAGUUUACGGAGCCGCACCGGGCCGCGGCGAGACCGCAUAUUCUCCUUCACACCCCCUUCCCCGGAACCCCCGCAAUGUCUGGCGGAGGAGAGGUAAAGUACGCCCGCAAAGAGGCCGGGCAAGAGAGCCCGAGGAUGCCGGCCUGGAAGCGAGAGAUUUUGGAGAGGAGGAAGGCGAAGAGCGGGGUUUCCGGGGGAGCCGCGACCGCGGAGAAUGGCGCAGGCGGGAGUCCAAAACGCAGUAACGGGGAGCAAGCGAUGAACGGUGGCAGCAGCGGCGGACCUAACCGAGAGCGAGACGACGCACACGCCGGACGGAACCGCUCCAUCACCGCGGCCAGUCAGCACUUCGCCAGCAACAAAGACGCAAGACCGGCGGUCGCGGAGGCCACUGCGAGGAGUCACGACGGUGGACAGGAGAGCUUGGUGCUCCAGGAGAGCCUGGGCCCGUUGGAGGAGAACCCAUUCAUCAAGCUGGAGAAGGAGCGACGGAGGCGGCAGGACCGGGAAAACGCCACUCGUCCGAUCCAGCACAUUUUAGAGCUGUACGGUAACGUUCCUGGUAUACGGACGAUCAGAGCAGAGAAUAUUCUCAUCAUCGAGUCGGACCCCGAUUACGUUCAUGACGGCGAAGAAGUCAAAAGUCCCAUUUGGCAACAAAACGGUUACAGCUCUGUGAACGACCUCUUGGACAGGAGAGGCAAUGCUGUAACCGAGAUAAGAGCCAAGGAAGUUGUUAUUUAUGACACCACAUUGAGCAAGAGUGAGGAGAAUCUCAGCACCCUCGGUCGCCCAUCCAACGAGACAGGCGAGGGUCAAGGGAUGGUGAGCCGAAUCCUGCAGAAGUUUGACUCCAACUAUGGGAAGCUGCAGAAAAAAUCUCACAGUACAGAGAACCUGCUGGAUAUAGACGGAAGUGCCGGCAGAAGGCAGAGAGCCUGGGCCAAGCCGCAACUGGAUCUGAUGCCAAAGCCCAGAGCGGACUGGGUCAAAAGUUUGGGCAGCAGGCAGUCAUCAUCGGUUGUGUUUCAGAGUUCUCCCAAACAAAAGCCACAUUCUCCCCUACUUGAGACGGACAGCCCUCAGCACACCAAUGCGUCCCCUAAGCCCGUGUCCUCCCUCCGCCAGCGGUUACAAGAGAGCUCAGACGGCGGGACUGCCGUCACGCCGAGCGACGAACCUGACGGGGCGCCCGAGGUGACCCCUGAGGUGCCCCUCAACAACAAGGUGGUAUCAUCAAUGCAGAGCCAUUACGCCCGCUCUGAAUCCCUCUCAUCUAAGGUGUCGCGCACAUCAUCUGACUUUGAGAUCCGUCCGUCCCCAAAGCCAGACCUCUCUCAAAUACCUGACCGGGAUAUCCAGGCACGGGCCCUGGCAAAUCUGCGCAUACAGUCCAAAAACUCCUUCACGGUGAUUCCCAAGCGACAUCUUACAGCCUCACUUGAAAGUGGCCACACGGCGCCCCCCAGUCCAGCUAAAGCGUGCCCUUCUCACAGAGUGGCGGAGCAGCCUGUGUCAGGAGUGCCAUCUUCUCACAUGUCCACACCUGCUGUAAUGCUCCAAAAACUGAAAGAUGCAAAAAAGCAGGAGGAGAAGGAAGUGGAAUGGCCGUACAAGCCCCACCCAUUGCCCUCUGUUGCCACAUCGCCCACACUGCCGAUGCCCUCACAUAAUCCACCUCCAUCUCCUACCACCCUUUCCCCACCUGCCCAGACUUCUCCUCCCUUUUCUCCAGCUGUCCCGGCGUCACCCAUUUUGUCUCCACGUGCCAUCUCACCGGAUCCAUCGCCCCCCUCCCCGUCUGUACUCGCGCCUCCCGCAGACCAUCUCCCGGUGACAAACAUAGAUGACAUCGAGGUGGAACCCCCGCAUCGUGUCCCUGCACCGAGGAGGAAGGGGAACACGUUUACCGUGGUGCCCAAACGUCGGGCGGAGGCUGAGGCCAAGCCCAGUUCACCUGAGCCCCAGCAGGAUGCGUCAAGUGACUCAUCACCAGGGUCCACGCCCCCUCAGGCCCCAUACUCUCAGCUGGGUUCCCUGCUCAAGAAACGCUACCCUGCUGUGGAGGAGAUUGAGGUCGUUGGUGGGUACCUUUCUCUCGGGAAAUCCUGCCUCUCCAAGGGGGGCUCCCUGGGGAAGAAGCUCAAGAUCUCCUUCAAUGAGUCGAGUCUCCACAGCACUUAUGAGUAUCCGUCAGAAAGCAGCGUGUGGGACAGCGUCGACGAGGCGGACGGGGAAAAACGGGACGGAAAGGUGGUUGAAGAACCGCCCAGCAUGGUGGGACGUAUCCACAUCCCUCAACCCAGUUUCACAAGCUCGCCCACACAUACGAACAGCAGCAACGACCUCUCUAGCUACAUUCCCAAGCACUCGAUGGACUUCAGCGCCUGGCAGGAAUACAAACAAGAGGACAGCGCUAACAAGGAGGAGGCCACUUCCCGGCAGACACAAACGACAGAGGAGGUCAUGCUGACACCAGCAGACAGUUCUUCCCUGUCAGACUACAGUAGCGAGCCCGCUCUCUACUUCUGAUCACUGGGUCGAAUGAGCACUGAAGGUAGCACCUCACCCAUGGGACCAAUGGGACCGACACCCCACACCCGGAGCCUGAACCACUUUUAACUUUGCCGGGCCCAAGCACAUGUUCCCUGACGCGUUCAGGGAACACAAGCCUCGGUACUUUCGCCACUCGCUACGUGAUCACCCAAGUCGGACCGUUGGCCAGCUUCUCCAGAUCAAGUUUCACUUUGGUCGACAAGCCUAAAAAGCAGCUGGACUGUCUUUUCCCAAAAAAGAUCCUGCACAGUUGAUCUGUCGAAACAUCCGAACCAAUUAAAUAGCUUGUCAACAUCAGGACAGACGUCCUUUCUCCAGACCGUCCUGUGAUUUUCGUCCAUUCUAGUUUACACUUGGAACUGGUCGAAAUGGGCUUAAAGUCCACGCUCCCAGUAAGAACAAAAAGUUGCCAAUGCCCAUGCGGAGGUGACGCCACAGUGACAGUGUUAAACAACUCCAUUAACGAAUCUCGGACCUGAAGGUUGCGUCUCGUCGAUUGUAGUAAAACACAAAAGAAAAAUCUGAAAGGGUGCCACAUAGUUUUGUUUGUUUUUGUACAUGCAUGGUUUCUGUUGAACCAACAGCUUAGGUUGUUUCUCUUACUGUAAAACUUUCAUAUGCCUUUUUUUUUUUUUUUUUCACGUAUUGAAGCUGCUGGACGGUUGGUGGAACAACAGGCAAACUUCGACACCAUUCUUCACAAUGAGGAGGCCAAGAAAAACUAUAUCAACAUGCACCCUGGAGGAAGUUUUUGUCAAUCUGUAGCAACGCUCAUUUUUUGAUAAAUGCUUGAAAAAGUGACCUUUGCCAAAAAAUGUCUGUAUUGCUGGUGAGUGACGUACAGUAUAUCACCUGGCCGAAUGUUUCUGCAUCCUCCUCCCGAGCUUCUCGUGUAUUUAUUGCUUCCCAAUGUUGAAGUUUGCAUGUCUUAGAACCUGCUCAUGUACAAUUUUGUAUCAUGGUUUCUGUGUAAAGGUCGAAAGAAGCAAGAGGGCGAGUUCAGACUGAUCCGCCCAGUCGGACAUCUUGCAUUCUCACAUUCCACGGAGAGAAAGCAGGUCCACUAAAAGUAAAUGAAGGUGAUGUUUUGAUCGUGUGUGAAAGGUUUUAAAGAAGAUUUGUUUUUUAUUGACAGGAAUGCACCACCUUUUCAUUUUUUAAAACUCAUAUUGCCAAGCGAUUAAAGUGUUGCUGUAAUGGCUUCAGUCCUUCUUUAGACUCACCCCUGGCCAGUAUUGUUGUACAGUUACAUUGGAAAACCAAAUUAUAACAACAUUUAUUUUCUGCUCGUCAUCACCCAAUGACGUUUAAUCAUGCUGUUCAGAGACUUUGUGGCAGUCCAAUGACGUGCAAUUGCUGGUACAGUCUUGGAUGCGACAUACGUUUGCACUGUCAUUCUUUUCGCUUUGUUUUGCACCUCAUGUGAAGGAACAGCCAGUGACAGAUUAUGUGCACUUAAAAUGAGGGGUUUUCUUUUUUCUCUAUUGAAUUUGUUUAUUUGACAGCAGAUUGUACAUGUAUGCCACAGUAGCUGACUAUAAACAAGGAUUCCCUGUUUUACCAUUUUUACAGACUGGCAAUGCAGAAAUUCAUGUUUUGAUACGUUUUGUGUUUUCAAAAUCGAACAGAAAGAAAAGCAUCAUGAAACUGUACACGACGAAUGCACUGCCGAUGGAUGCAAUGUCCACUUUUGUACGCUUGCCACAGCCUUGACUCUUGACUCUGAAGAUUGUUGGCCUAAUACUGUAGCUCACGCCACAGGUCUGUUCAUCUUCAUCCUUGAAAAUGCCAGGAAUUUAGAGUGUAUAGUCAUAUACGGCGGAACCUCCAAAGUCACAUACAUACAAUGCAUCCCAUGACACUAGUUCUUAAUUUCAAAACCUUCAAAGUUUUAAAGUGAAUUGAAUUUACAGGCAAUCAUUUGAUUAAAAAAAAAAAAAAAGGUUAUCAUCGCUAAUCUAUAUAAGUAUAAAGAUAUGGUAAUCAUCGUGCACUAUAAAUAUUAAAGUAAAACGAAGCACCCUUUGAUAAUGCCUGGCAAAUACGUAAUCAAGGGACCAAGCAAGGUGUUUGCCGAGCAAUGCUACAUUAUGGUAGCUUGAUUGGUCAAAUAAAUGCAAAUUGAAAUCACUGUGUUGCUCCUACUUUCUAUGUUGCUGUUGUCUCGCGUGUGGUGAGAACUGCCAAGUUUCAAAUUUAUGGUUGAACUCCAAAUCAUUGAUAUCUGUGGCAUUGGACUUUGGAGGUUCAACUGUACUUUAAAUUGCAGUUUACACACCAUGAGUCUUUUCACAUGGUUGAAUGUAUAUAUAUUUUUUUUCUUCUUCUUCAUUCUGAAUGGAUGGACUUCUCCAAGUUUUCUAAUAGCCUACACGGGCUAUACAACAGGAUUGUCAUGAGCACAAUAAACUUUAAACUCUUUUCACCCUAAAUAUUGUCAAAUACAAGCUGCACACUUAGAAAAUUGCCAAAAUGAAAUUGUCAAAUCUUGUCAGGUGUUUUGUUUGGUUCUCAACCCCCCCACCCCCCAAAAAAUUGUUUUUUACAUUUUUAGUCUGGGAUGCAAGAAACAGUUUCACACUCCACUUAAUUGUGUAAAUGUAUUUGUAAAUCAACAUUUACCAACUGUGAGGACACGCAUGGUGUAGUUAAGGGUCUAAAACAACCUGUGGACCAGCCCACGCUCACUGUUGCCUUCAGCAAAGACAUUCGUGGAAGGAAUGUUUCUUUUUGUAUUUGAUCCAUCAGUAAAGUAAAGGACCAAAGAGGUAGAGUCCCCAGUAGCUUGACACUGUUGUGUUUAAACACCAGCAAUAUUUCUAAAAAAAAAAAAAAAAAAAAAAAUGGUGAUUACCAAGAAAAACAAAACACACAACUUAAAUGUACACUCAUCCAGCAAUUUUCCCGGCUUUUUCACUCCCUCUUGCAAAAUGAACAGUUUGUGGUGGUCACGCCAUUAAAGCUCUGUGGUGAAACACUCCAUUUUGUCCACCCUUUUUGCUUUCUUGUCUGCAAGUCUCCAUUGCCUCAGCUGUGGAAAGUUAUUGUUGAUGAUUUGAACAAAAAAAAGCGAUGUCAUACCUGUACAGAUAUACACUAAAUAAAUAUAAAACUGGAACAAAUGUAAA